AGGAGUACCUCGGUGUCUCUUUCAGGAAGUAAACGCAGAAAAAGUUCAGAGGAAAGAGCAAAGAAGCUGUACCUAAAAGUGCAGCCACAGGACAAAAGUCAAGAUAAUAAUGUCCUUAACCGUUUUGACAUCCGCUUACAGACUGAGGUCCGUCUGCAGACUGCAGCGAAUCCAGGGCCACAUGAUGUCGAGUCAGGUUGAACCGGGGGUUCUUCUGGAGAAAGUGGGCAGCGCAGGUGUGAUCACCAUAAACAGACCCAAAGUCCUGAAUGCACUCAACCUGCCCAUGAUCCGUCAGAUCUACCCGCAGCUCAAGAAAUGGGAAAAUGACAAUGAGACUGACAUUGUGAUCGUCAGAGGAGCAGGUGGGAAAGCCUUUUGUGCUGGUGGAGACAUCAGAGCGGUCACAGAAGCAGGGAAAGUUGGAGAUCCUCUCGCAGAGGACUUUUUCCGUGAGGAAUACAUUCUCAACAAUGCUAUUGGAACAUGCAGGAAACCAUAUAUCGCCCUUAUUGAAGGAAUAACAAUGGGUGGGGGCGUAGGUCUGUCAGUUCAUGGACGGUUUCGAGUGGCCACUGAGAAGACGCUGUUUGCCAUGCCAGAGACUGCCAUUGGGCUUUUCCCUGACGUGGGAGGUGGUCAUUUUCUGCCGAGGCUCCGGGGGAAGCUGGGACUGUUUUUGGCCUUGACAGGCUUCCGUCUCAAGGGGCGUGACGUGCAGAGAGCUGGAGUUGCCACUCAUUUUGUCGAGUCUAAGAAGAUCCCAGAGCUGGAGAAGGAGCUGGUGGAAAUGAAGUCUCCCUCUGCUGCAGACGUCUCCAGAGUGCUAGAUUCCUACCAGAGCCAGAGUAGUCUGGAUUCUGAGAAGCCCUUUGUGUUGGACAAGCACAUGUCCGAUAUUGACAGGCUGUUCAGCUCCAGCAGUGUGGAGGGCAUCGUGCAGAACCUGAAGGCAGAUGGCUCAGAGUUCGCUAACAAACAAGCCGAGACACUGUCCAGGAUGUCUCCCACGUCCCUGAAAAUCACCUAUAAGCAGCUGAAGGCGGGUGCAACUAUGAGCCUGCAGGACGUGUUGGUGAUGGAGUAUCGCCUGAGCCAGGCCUGCAUGAGGGGCUGUGACUUUUAUGAGGGUGUACGAGCCGUGCUGGUUGACAAGGACCAGAAUCCCAAGUGGAAGCCGUCGACACUGGAGGAGGUGUCUGAGCAGGCCGUGGAGCAGUGCUUCUCCUCGCUGGGAGACAAAGACCUGACUUUCUGAUGCUUCCCACCUUCAAACACACACUACUAAGCCUUGGCCAAGCCUCCUGUCCCCACAUCCCUUUAUGGUCAGUCAUGUGUAAGGACUGUACUGCUGAGGAUGAAAAAAAAAAAAAGUCUGUUAAUUUACUAUUAAAUACUGUGGUGACAAUUUACAGGAAAAUCCAGGCAGCUGAAGAAAAGGUUUGACUCACAGCCAGGAAUCUAAAAUAGUAGCAGAAGAGGUAGCUAACAGAUGCCCUGUGUGUCACACAUGAAAAAAUGUUUAGUGUAAACUGGCUCCGCAGUGGAAGUGGAGUGUUUUUUUUUUACAUAAGCAAUGACUCUCUUCUGAUGCAAAUGCAAGGAAUGUGCUGCACAGCAGCAUUAACAUGAGGACAUGGGAGGAGAAACUGAUCCCACCACUGAGUGCUUUAUUACAUUUCCUGUGGGUGUUUGUUGAUGUGACACGGAUCGCUAUCAUCUGUAUUUAGUUUUUUGUCUUUUUCCAGUGUUUUUCUCCUCAGUGGUAUUUGUAGUUUUUCAGAUGUAACAUGGAUGAAAAAGGGUAUUCUUUGUCAUAUCCAAACAACACUCCCAGGACGAGGCAGAUUUAGAAGUGUAUCGACAUUGGUCCUGAAUCCAUUAACAUGACUGUUACAUUGCUUGCAUGUUACAUUGCAGUUAACCUUAUCUGAUGGACAAGUCACUGUUUUUCAGUAGGUAUCACAUCACAUCCCUAACAUUAGUUCUGAAUAGCUGCAUUAUUUAUGAGACAACCAGUUAGAUUAGACAUCCAUGCUGGAACAGAGGGCAAUAAACAGUUGGCAAUGUAAUAUCAAA